GUUGAACAGGGAGAAAAACAAGGAGAAAGAACAAACGCUGUAGAAAAACUACAUACGCGACAAAAAUGAUGAAGACGAACACCGGCGACGUUGAAAUGGUAAACGCUUCUUCACCAGCUCCAGCCUCGGCUGUCGCGGCUCCUGCGUCUGUGGGCGUGUCGCUGAGGGCUGUGGGCAUGGACGGGGGCGAGUGGUCGCCUAGCGGCCCCUUGCUCUUCGAAGUGUACGAGCCUUCCAAUAACGGGCAGUGUGGUGGAUCUGGGUUCUUCACCACGGGCGCAGAGCUGCGGCAGAAGAUCGAAACCCAUCGUACGCGGUUGCUGGAAGAAGCGCAGCAACUUUUUGAGCGCGAACAACCGAAGUUGGCGUCUUCCUGUGAACUGCCGAAAAUAAAUUGCAUUCCCAACAAGACAGAAGCCGUAGUUUUGGGUCAGCAAAACAAGGAAGAGCUAGAGGGGAACUCGCGCUUUGGCUAUCGGCAUGGAAAAAAAGCUCAUGGACCCACGUCAACGCAAAGAAAAUCAAGUAGGCUUUGCACUUUUUGUAUUGCAAGGAAUAAGCAGCUUCGACAUUGUUAUUUGAAUCGUAUAGGUUUUGUCUUGCUGCGUGGGCAGACUCUUGCACAGCACCAUGCACCCUUGUAGUGUGACACAAACCUCCUCCUGUAGUCUCGCCAUUUCAGCUGUUGCAUGGCUUAUUUUUCUAUUAUUGAAGAGAAGUGGCGCUUCCGCUCGCUGACAUAUUAUGCGAGGAGAGGAGCGCUUGCGCUUUGGCUUGCGCUGCUGAAGCUUUUAGAAAAAUAAAAAGACUUUUGCGUCGUAGGUCGGGGAAGAUGGGUCGUGUGCUUUUGUUCAGUGGGAUAGGGGCAGGAUGUACGUGUCGCUGUAUUUUAGGAAAGCGAGGAACAAGCCGCCACCCGCAUCUGGAUCCGGUGAAAAAGUCGCCGAGCAGGACAAAAAUCGCGAUUUCACUCUUCUCCCCCUUCCGGACGAUGCGGCCUUUACUUUUCACACGGUGUCGGAUCUGAGAACGAAUGCCGUGACACAGCAACUGCUCGUGAUGGCGCCCUGCCUCUACGUGCAGUUCCAACUUCCCCUGUGCCGCUUUUUCUCGCAGGGAGUAUCUGCGGAAUUUCACAGCUCUUACUUGUCGCAAUUGCACACCUGCAUUCAGCUGCAAAGUCACGGCGUUUUACCAGAUUCCCUCUUUCCGCACUUGGUGUACGUGGCAGAGCUUUACCGCGUUUUGCGGAAAUUGGGCGACGGCAAGACAGCGCUCCCGACAACAUCGGGCGGCUGCACAAACGGCCAAAAGAACAAAACGAAGAACAACAAGCAGGAGAAAUCAAAUCCGAAAGCGAGAGGCUACAUCGGGGCCAAGUACGUGACUCUGAUGCAAAUAUUAGACAAGAUGCCGAUCUUGCCAAACAGCCUGGCUCUCGUGCUCCCCUAUCUCUCCCGGUACGCGAAAAGACGUGACCUGGGCACCGCUCCCCAACAGCAGAUACUGGCUGGUCCAUGUGGUAAUUUUUUCGGGCCACAGGCUGCGGACGCAGUGCUGCACUGCAAAGCGUUUUGGAGCGAGGCUUUGCUCUUGAAAGACAAAACGAAAACAAAAGGACAGAAGUGCCCGGAGCAACAGAAUAUCCUGUCAGAUAACGUCGCGGGGGGACAAGCUGCAGCGCAAAACGGUGACGGAUUGAAGCCGGCGCCGUCGCCAUCCUCAGGUUGUCUUUCCGCGUCUCCCAUGGUCGUGCAUCAGUUCGGGGAUCAGGCGUGUUUGGAUCUGUACUGGCUCAGCAAGCACAGUUCGAUGGCUCGUUUGAUGGCUUUUCGGGAACCAGACGUGAACGGUGUGUCGUCCAAGAAGAAACGCAAGCAAGGCUCUGCGGCAUGUGGCCAAAAAGCAAACAGUUCCGGACAGCAUCAAGCUUUGUCAUCUACUUCUGCAGUAGCUUUCCGGUCCGACAACAAUUUUGGGUCCAGUUCCGAUUUUUUUGCAGCGACCCAGAAACACCACACUGCCUGUCAGCAAGGACACCGGAAUUUUUGUACCGGAUAUUUUGAUUUUGUGCAGGCGCUGUUCCGUGCGCUCUGGCGACACCUGUCCGAAGUUGUCCCGAACAACCCGGGUCAUGACGGCUACGAUACAAAGGAGCUGGUCGAGAAGCACACGAACACUCUGCUGAAAUGGCUCUCGUGGUGUUUCCCACCGGCCUUAUCACGACCCGAUGAAAGUGAAACAGACAAGAGCGGCACUCAGGCUUUUUACUCGAAAGGACAAGGAUAUGCUUCUGCUUUAUGUCGUCAUUCGUUUCAUCCCCAUCCGGAAAAGGGUACAACUCAAGCUGACCAACAAGAUCCCCGUCGCCUUACCCGUCCCAUGUCCGUGGCGGAAGUUCUGGACGUAAUGUGCCGCAUAAUGACGCCGAAGAAGGCCGCGGAUUUUUUCGCUAGUGUCAUGGGGGAGUUGAAAUGUUCCUCCGAGUGGGAAGCCGAGAUUGGAGUCUCUGAUCUCCUCUCCAGCGAGAAGCGCAAAGUGCUCCGCCGCAUCGACAAGUACCAGAUCCGGCGGGGCGACCGCGUAACAAACAGAGAAGCGUCCUCCGCGAUGUCGUCCGGAGAAGCAGUUGCCCCAACGUCGGGAAAAAAGCUCUUCGUCAAGAAUUCCGCGUGGACGGCUGGCGCCAACAUUCGCGGACGGAAUUUCGCCGCACUGCUCGGCAGGUUUCAGCUCAACGUGCUGAAUCGGAAAAAGAAGGUGCGGCGCGUGUUGAAAAAUGGCAAGACUGGGACAACCACGACGGGCAUUUCGGGAACGACAAAUUCGGGGACGAGUAGCGCAACUACGGCUGGGAAUAACCAGAGUGCCGCCGCGGGACAUGGCGUAGGGGCACAGAUCCCGAAGAGCGACCGAACGCGCGUAACUAGACUUGCACAGCUCGCUGGGAGUUCCCGCGGGCGCAGGGCGUUGAAGGUGCUGCAUGCGGAGCGGGAUUUGAAGUUCGUCCAGUGCCACGGCUUUGCUGGAAAAGGCGAAAACAAGCACGAUCAGAGCCAGGGCUGUACCAAACAGGCAGAGGAGAAAACCGAGCAACUGAAACAGGACCUGAAACGCUGCGAAGCGCGCAAAGACAGUUCGGCCGCGAAGAAGGUUGAGAAGCAGCUUAUCGCGACUCUGCUAAACAAGGAGAAAGUUUUGUGGCAGCAGUACUACCCAAUUCUGCACUUUCCAGCAGUGCAAACCAAGUUCAAGGAUAUGUUGAACACCUUUUUGGCCGAGGGGAGUCUCCAGUUUGAGACGCUAUGCCAGCGGAUGAAAGGCAUCGCCGGCGGAGACGCAUUGUGUCUUGAUUUGGUCGUAGACUUGGAUUUUGAUGCGAAUUGUAAGGGACCGAAGAAGAAUCCUGCGUGCUGCUUGAAUAAAACUUCUACAGGAAACGAGGAUGUCGGAAAUAAGAAAACUUCCUUGAAAAAGGUUUGCCACUGCGUCGUGGUGACGCAAACUGCGCGCCGCAUUGAGGCCUAUUUGAAGGUGUUUCAGUUUACGACGUUUCCCCCAAAGCUGGAGCAGAAACUGGAUUUGCUUUCCGCCAAGCUCCCCCAUGACAAGCAGCGCGAGUUUUUGAAGAAGCGCAUUGAGUCCUCGUGGAAAGUGAAUCCUCUCAGGGUGAACGGCUAUCUCGUCACGGCAGCGACAUGGUACGCACAUGACAACACGCAGGAUCAGCAGUGCGCAAUUACGUUCGAGCACAUUCGCGACUGCAAGCGACCCGUCACCGCGGACGGUGUGCAUUGGUACGAAUUCGAGGCAUUAGAUCUGCACUUCAAGCAGCAGGCGGCCAGCGGCGCGGAGUUGUCUGACCCGGGAAAUCGCAAGGCCUUUCUGUACGGCCAGCGGGACGCAGACCCGAGUGUGUGGCAGUGCUUUUACAUCGACGCCAACCGGGUGCUCGCGGGCUUGACCGGCGGAGAGUCGACGUCCUCCGUCGCCUCGUCGAGCCAUUCUUUUUCGUUUUCGCCUGCUGCAAGGAGAGGUGAAGGAGAGCAGCAGCGGGAGGUCGCGGCUGGCCAAAACACGAGCUUCGCUUCGGCUGUCGAGAUGAGCGACGACACGGGCGCGACGCCGCUUGCCGAGAUUCCGGACGAGAUUUUUCCGUAUCUGGACAUCUACAAGCACGGUCGCAACGAGGGAACACCAGCGGACGGCGAGGACGUGAAGGCCUUGCUGGACCCCCGGUACCACUUGGUCGAGCAGGACGCGGUGGUGUGCUCCGAGGCGAGAAAACGUCUCCACGCGAUCGAGCACCUGGAGGAUAAGCGGCAUGUAGUCAUGUACGCCCUCCAUGUUUCCGGAAAAGAGCUGCUGGAGAAGCAAGUCCCCACCCCGAGCGUCGAGCUGGUCCGGCACGCGCUCCAUUUCUUAGCCUAUGGAAUCAACAAGGUGGCUGGCGUGGUAGGUGGGAGCGGUCUUGGCCCCGGUGGAUAUGGAGUGAAAUUUCUACCCCUACCCCGGAAUUUCAUCGUUUUUUAAACUAUUGCGCAGGUUUGAUUUUUUGUUUUUCGGCACCUGCUCACACAUGCCGACGUCGGUUCCCGAGCGUCUUCAGAUUCUGUACACUAGCUGCGGAAAAAGCGGACCAUGAAGUAGUACCCUGUGCGCACUAGCUAAUUAAUUCGAACCAUGUGAGAUAGCUAGAAAGUUGCAAACUAUCAAGCGUGAGCCAUCCGAAUGUCGCGCAGCGGGCAUAUAUAUAUAAAUAUUGCCAUUAAUGAUAUUACAUUAUCUGGGUCAAAAGGCUCAGCAAACUUCUGAAGCCCCGGCUCCGAGUAUUCUGGUGGGCCGGCUCUAGUGGAAUGAAAAAUCAUGAGCCGGCCCACAAUUUGCAAAAAUCAACAAAAGUUGCGCACUUUGGCGCAAUGGACCUGAUUUGAAAAAAAUCGCAGUCCGCUGCAUGUUCGGACCACUACCCCGAGGAUUUUCCUGGAUUUUUCGCAGCACAAAAACGACAAAAAAAUAAAGCGAAUGAUCGUUAUGGUUUUUGGUUUGGGUCGAUUUGGGUUCUCCGUCGGGGGUUCAAUACGAACAUGCAUGGUAUGCUCAGAAACCGGCUCGGCCAAACUAUCUGCUGCAUGAUGGCAGCAGAGUUUCCAAGUUUGUUCGGGGGCGCAGUAUGAACUUGCCCGGUAUGCUCCACGUUUAGGGAGUGCAUGUUUUUGCAAUUGUAAGUAAAACGAUUGAGCUGUUCAAGUUUUUAUUUUUUUUGACCUGCUCAAUAGUUUUCGGAUCCGCAGAAACCGCAGAUCUCGGAUCUCGACUUGAACUCGAGAUCCGAGAUCCACGGAUUUCGGACAUGAGCAUUUUGCUGGAAGCAAAUUUCGGAUGGCUCAUGUAUGAUAAAGUAAAAGUUGCUAGCUAUCUCACAUGGUUCGGAUAAAAUGGCUAGUGUGCACAAGGUCGCUUCUCAUCGUCCGCUUUUUCCCUAGCUAGUGCACAGAGUCUGUCGCUCAGGUCCACACGCUCGGAUCAUGUGACCGGGUCGCGUUUUUUUAUUUUUCAGACCUGCUCAAUAGUUUGAAAAACGAUGAAAAACCGGGGUAGGGGGAGUUACCACGUGGGAUAGUGGAAAGCAUCACAAUCAUUGUCAGAACCUUGUUCAAGGAGCUGCUGCAGGAGCGAAGUGCAUCAAGACGAACGACAAGAAGUCUCAAAAAAAAGCUCCUAAGGGCGGCCGAGUCACAUUGCAGCGGGCACGCCAAGCAACAUUCUAUCAGUGGCUGAAAGUUGAACGGAAGCAAAAGCGCCUCAAUCGCGAACGCGAAAAGAAAAAGAAAGAACAAGAAAUAAAGGCGAAAUUGCUACAGAGUGCGAUGUAUCCGUCCAGCAGCAGCAGCAGCAGCACAAACUUCGUGGGCCCCUCGUCUUCGUCAAGUUCGGCCUCCACUUCAGCAGCUGCCAGUCCUGAUAGUGCGAUGUCUCCGGGAGACGAUAAUUCUGCGACGUCGAAUGUUUGCCAUCCAGGGAGUCUGACGAUGGAUGUUGAUUCUGCAGUCGACGUGGUCCCGAAACGUUACCAAUUCGUCAACGUGGCUGGUGGCGAACCCGCUAGCAAGUCGUUGAAGAAGCGUUGCGGCGGGAAAAGGAAACAUAAAAAAGACAACUCAAAUAAAGGUGAAGGAGCUCCUGCACCUGCUGGUUCCCCAGAUCGCAUGGAUGUAGAAGAAUGACGCGAAUAAAGACUUGGGCGCUGUUCCCUCGUGUAGAAGACUCGUCUCUGGUGACUGUGGCUACUGCUACUCCGACACUAUAAUUACCGACUUCGACCUGGUGGGGCAACAUCGCUCUCCCUCUUCGUCGCAAUGAAUUACUUAUUUUUGACAUUCGGUGGCUCGUAUGCAGAAAUAUAAACUCAAGAAUCGUGUUGAUGGUACAGUCGAAUAGCACGAAGAAAACUACUAUUUUCAAUCAUGUCCUCGAUCCCUAGUCCUAGAAGAGAAACAAGACGAGGACGAUCAUCGAUAUCAAAUCAGACUGAAACAUCAUGGCCGAAUGAGUACGAAUGUUUGAGACAACAAACUAUGUUUUUCCACCCCACCUCCUCCUGAUAGGCCCUGCCAAAAACGAAAUUUAUUUGAAGCCUCUUUAUAUCACACUGACAGCUCGUCAAGCAUAAAAAAGAAUCAAAGCGAUCGCGGACGAUCACGAUCAGAAGCAGUGUAUUGGAAAUGUAAAUGACCACCGGGACAUCAGCAAAAAGAAAUUAGAAAAGUAUGCUCCCCUUUUUGUGUUCGGGCGGCUGACCCGCGAUCUGGAAGGUUGUAA